AGGAUAAGGCAAGCCCACAUUUCUAUGGGAACGCGUAGGGGUGUGGACUGGGAAGAGGGGCCGCUGCUGAUGUUGUUUACAGUUACAGGUUGCAAUAUCAAUAUUAACUUGCACGCAGGUUUCAUGGCGGGGACGUCACGACAUGAUCGGGAGAUGGCAGUGAACGCCAAAAAACAGCUGUCUGUGUGCACAGACCCUGUGGAAAGCUUGAGGUUGCAGUGUCUUGCAAGAGGCUCUUCUGGCAUCAAGGGUCUGGGCAGAACAUUCAAGAUAAUGGAUGAUGACAAUAACCGUACGUUAGAUAUGAAGGAGUUUAUGAAGGGCCUUAAUGACUAUGGUGUCCUCAUCGAGAAAGAGGAAGCCAUGGCAAUGUUUCAGCGUUUUGACCGGGACAACAGUGGAUUCAUCGACUUUGAUGAAUUUCUCCUCACUCUCAGGCCUCCGAUGUCCAAUGCCAGGAAGGAGGUGAUCAUGCAGGCCUUUAGGAAGCUGGAUAAGACUAAUGACGGGGUGAUCACUAUUGAAGAUCUAAGGGGAGUUUACAAUGUCAAGUACCACCCCAAAUAUCAAAACGGGGAAUGGACAGAGGAGCAAGUAUUCCGCAAAUUCCUGGACAGCUUCGACUCUCCUUACGACAAGGACGGACAGGUCACCAAGGAGGAGUUUCUCAACUACUACUGCGGAGUCAGCGCCUCCAUCGACAGUGAUGUCUAUUUCAUUCUAAUGAUGAAAAAUGCAUGGAAAUUAUGAGUUUUAAGUUGAUACAUUUAUGAUAAUGAUUUUUAAUGGACAGUUCUUCAAGGUGCUUUCUUAAACUAAUAUUUUGUUAUGGAAAUCAUGUUGACAAACUAAUAUUUAUAAUUUCCCAAUGAUAUGCAAGUGGUUAUGAAUGACUUGUUCAUAUUUUGUGCAAUGUUAAAAUAUGUAUUUCAGUUAGUCACUCUCUCCACAAGCUAACUAACUACAUCUAGCUAUAUAUGUAUUGUAGAAAACUGUAGUCCACAGUCUGACACCUCGAUCAGACCGACAGCAUCAUUACAUACCGUUUUGCAUAGCUACGCAACUAAACUGAACGCAUGUAUAUACCAUACCAUGUUAUGCAUUACA